AUGGCCGACAACAAUGCUAACAAUGGUAGUGAUAUAACAAUGGAAUAUAUUAAUGUAUUUGGUAGUACACGACAAUUCAAUUAUAAUACAUCGAUAUUGUGUCCAUUAAAUCAUGUACCAUCAAUGAGUGUUUAUUUUUCUGCAAUAAAUAUCUAUGGAGUUGGAUUAUUUACGAUUGGUGGAUUUAUUGUUGUAACAAUUUUAUUAUUUUACGUGGAUAUUAUAAAAUUUAUAAUGCAAGAAUCAAAAACACCACGAGUUAAAACUCAUACAACAUUUGUAAUUAGUGUUUAUCCUGUGAUAUCAAUUGUAACUUAUUGUGCAAUGAUUGUGCCACGUGCACAAUUAUUAGCUGAAGCUGUCACUCAGGGUGUAUUUAUGGCAGCGAUGUAUCAAUUAUUUUGUUUAUUUGUCGCAUAUUGUGGUGGCGAAGCGGAACUAAUACAAAAAGUUAAACCGGAUACGAUAUUGAUGACAAAAGUUGGACCAUGUUGUUGUUGGCCAUGUUGUAUAUUACCAAAGUUACCAAUUGAUAAGACAACCGUUUGCUUUUUACGAAUGCUUGUUUUACAAUUACCAGUUGUACAAGGAAUGGUUUAUAUGAUUCUCUUAAUUAUGUGGGCUGAAGAGGAAAGCUUAUAUCAAAUAAAUUAUAUGUAUAUACAACCGAUCAUAAUUAUAUCAAUAUUAUUUGGUAUUUGGGGCAUGAUUAUGACUAUAACAAUGUUAAAAACAAUUUUAAAAACAUAUUCAAUACAAUUAAAAUUUAUGGUCUUACAAAUUGUAUUAAUAUUAGCGAAAUUACAAGGAUUUGCAACACGGAUUAUAACAUGGUCUGAUAUAUUACCAUGUAAACCACCAAUUACACCACCUGUUUAUGGCAAUUUAAUUUAUAACUGUGUAAUGCUAAUUGAAAUGCUAAUAUUAAUAAUUAUUGCACGAAUUAUUUAUAAACGUACAUUAUCCAAUAAUUAUAAAAUUGAAUCCAAUAAUAAUAAUAAUAAUAAUAACACCAUAAAUACCAUAACUACCAUUGAUGGAUCAAAUGGAUCAACAGCAUUCCAACAGAAUAUUGUUGGGGAACAACAAUUACAACAGCAAACCAUUGGUGGACAAUUUGAAAAACAAAAAUAUUAA